CCUGAGUCCUUCUAUCUCGCCAGCCUUUUGCUCUGUGUGCUUUCAGGCCUCGACAUUCGUUCUCAGACACCCUGAACGCAUCCCACGUGGCUAAAUAGCGACAACCAUAUCCGCAACAACAUGGCAAUCAUCCAAUCUCUUAUUCACUCACACACCAAAAUCUUCUGGGCGUGUAUUAAGUUCUGCGCCGAUGUCGUUAUACUCUGCCUCCCCAGCAAGAAGCUCCGGAGACUGACCGAAGAGCUAGCCAGGCUCAGCCAGAGACCUUCCCCGACUCAUGUCGAAGCCUUGAUGAAACGCAUGAACGAAGCCAAGUCACUCGCUGAGUACGAGAAUUGCACCAUCGACCUAGAUAACUUACAAGGACACGAGACUUGGAAGAGGGAGAAGGAGUCCAUCGAACCAGGAUACAACCCCAACGUAAUCGAGACCCAGGUUAAGCUACUGCAAAAGGCCGUUAUAUUUGGAGACCUUAGCUCAAUGCAAUACCUACUGAGAACAGGCCUUAGUCGCGACUUAGGUGGCAUGAAUAUGCCAGGUUUAUAUCAACAUUCUUGGUUCGGAACUAAACUUCUAAUAGAUGGUUACAUCAACACCGUCCUGGAGACUAUCGAAACGUUUAGCAAUAUAAUUUGUCGACAAAGGGCCUGCACUGCAGAUCUUCGAAGUUAUCAGCGAUCACUAGAAGAUACACUUAUAGACUUUGGCCGAUCGGCAUUGACUUUAUCUGGCGGAGCGUCACUCUGUAUGAAACAUAUUGGCGUUGUCAAGACUCUAUGGGAAGCAGCACUACUCCCUAGGAUCAUUUCUGGAACCUCGUUAGGAAGUUUCGUGGCAGGCAUCGUGGGAAGUACAACAGAGGAGCAGAUGGAUGAGGUUCUCGACCGUCUCCCAUUUUCUGACUUGGCUAUCUUUGACCCUCCGGGCACUGGUAAACUUGGAUGGGUUAUUCAACGAGUCCGCACUUUACUUUCCUCUGGAGUCUUUUUCGAAACGAAAAAUCUGAAGAAAGUGGCAAGGUCGUGGCUUGGCGACAUCACUUUUCGCGAAGCUCAUAACAAGACCGGCUAUAUCCUCAAUAUCUGCAUCUCAAGCACCGAUAGUGCUGAGCCACAGCUAUUGAACUUCAUAACAGCACCAGAUGUGUACAUCUGGUCAGCAAUCUGCGCUUCCUGCGCUGUACCUGGUAUCUUCUCGCCUGUCAACAUUUACGAGAAAGAUCCUAUCACGAAGGAAGAGAAGUUAUGGAUACAAAAUAUUCAGAAGACUUUCGUGGGAUCUACCGAUCAUGAUAUACCUAUGAGGAAGCUAUCAGAAAUGUUCAACGCCAAGCUUUUCAUUAUAUCUCAGGUCAAUCCGUAUAUACGAGCUUUUCUCGAACCCGAAGAGCAGUUUCGAGGCAGACAGCCUAAGACUCUUAUCACCCCUCAGAACUAUCUCCAGGCUACCAAAGUAUUUUUACAGCGCGAAAUCGUUCACCGCGCACAACAGGCAGUUAAAAUUGGCUUUCCGCAGAAAUGGUUUUGGUGGGCUCCGAUAUUUAGCCAACGGUAUACCGAUGGUAUCAAUAUUUGGCCAGAAAUCAAAUCGAGCGAAUACUUACAUAUGAUGAUGAACCCGAGCCCGGAGUUCAUACUUGAUGCCAUGAUUGCCGGGGAACGUGCAAUAUGGCCGAGGAUGUGUCGCAUCAAGAACUGUGUGGCCAUAGAGCUUUCUUUGGUACAGGCUAUUGACAUUCUGAAAGAUAGAGUAAACUUUGGCCCUGAAGCAAGGGCGGCUCGCAUGGUUUGA